GGUCCUCAUUCCUGUGCUGUCUGUGGCUUUCUCCCGCGCUCAAUUCAGUUUCAUUACAACCAAGCAACCCAGCAGAGCGGUUAUCACGCACUCGAAUGGAUUCCACUGUCGACAAGUUGAACGACCCAAACAUCAUCUAUGGGGGACCCCUGCCGGUGGAUUUCGACCGUGGGUGUGCUUCAUUGGGAGAACUGAUCAUGCGUCAGCUGAUCAAGACGUCGGAUAGGAUCGCCUUGAUCAACGGAAUCAACGCUCUGCAGUUAACAUAUGGCGGAAUUUUGGAACAAUCACUGGCCCUGGCAGCUUACCUGGACGACAUUGGUGUCCAGCGAAACGAUGUAAUCGCAUUGAUCAGUGAGAACCGAGUUGAAUAUCCCGUUGUGCUCUUUGCCUCACUGUUCCUGGGAGCUACGACGGCUUUGUUUAAUCCAGGCUAUACCGAACGAGAGUUUGAACACGCUAUCAGGCUAGCUAAACCCAAAGUUACCUUCGUAUCGGUGCAACCAAAUCUUUCGGUGCAGAAAGCCUGCCUCCGUAUAAGACGACCGAUGAAAUUCAUUCAUCUGGAUGACAAUGGCAAAGGGCAAACUUUCCAGAAGUGCUUGGAAGUAUCCAGCCGAAAGUAUUCGGCUGGGGCGUUCGUUCCAGCAGCGGUUCAAACCGCAGAUCAAGUGGCACUGAUUGUGAUGUCAUCAGGCACUACCGGGUUGCCGAAAGGAGUGCAAAUAACUCAAAACAGUAUUAUCACAACAAUCUUCUAUACGCAAUCGUUUAUUGAAUCCACGAAUAGAACGGAAAUGGUAGCAGUAGAUGUGAUUCCAUGGUUUCAUGUCGCCGGUGGUGUGUCAAUGCUGAACUGGUUAUCCAACGGAAUGCGAUUAGUACAUCUUCCAAAAUUUGUACCUUAUUCGUACCUAGCAUGCAUUGAAAAGUACCGACCGAAUAUGUUAAACCUGGUGCCACCCAUUGCAGUAUUUUUGGCGAAGAGUCCAAUGGUUGACGAAUUUGAUCUGUCUUCUGUGGAAACAAUGUUCUGCGGAGCAGCCCCACUUAGUCGCGAAAUAGAAGAAUUGAUUCAUACUCGAUUAAAUGUAGCAUUCAUCCGACAGGCAUAUGGAAUGAGCGAAACCACAUUGGCCAUUCUCGCUCAGCUGAACACCGAAAAUAAACCAGGAAGCGUUGGGAACGUAAGACCGGGACAAUGGGUCAAAGUAAUUGACACGGAAACUGGCAAAACGUUGGGUUCGCACCAGAACGGUGAGUUGUGUUUCAAAGGGACCUUAAUUAUGAAGGGAUAUAUAGGAAAAGAGGAAGCAAUAGAUCAAGACGGAUGGCUGCAUACAGGCGACGUGGGAUAUUACGACCAAGACGAGAACUUCUACAUUGUUGACCGUUUGAAGGAAUUAAUAAAGUAUAAAGCCUUUCAAGUACCCCCGGCCGAACUGGAAGCCUUACUGCUAACCCACCCGAAGGUGAAGGAUGCUGCUGUGAUUGGUAUUCCGGAUGAACGCGUUGGUGAGCUGGCCACGGCAUUUGUCGUUCCUGUCGAUGGAUCCAAUGUGAAAGUUGAAGAAAUUCUGAAAUUUGUGAAUGAUCAAGUAUCGCACGCAAAGGAACUGCAUGGGGGUGUGAGAAUCAUUCAUGAAAUUCCGAAAACAGCCAGUGGAAAAAUAUUGAGACGAAAGUUACGUGCAGUAAUUCAACCAAAAGCAAAACUAUAACUGCUUAUGAUAACAGAAAAUUUAAUUAUACAAUUUCACAAGUUCAGUGCGUUAUCAGUGCAAUAAAUAGUCACAAAUUAGAUUCACACUUGCAACGAUUUUUCUAACAAUAA